AGCGACACUGAGGGUACAAAAAGCUUCGCGCGCGAGCUCCGGAGAUUCCGACUCCGGAGUCCGGACCCGCCGCGCACCCCUUUCGAGUCGGACCCCUUGCACGCGCGGAGAAGUUGACCCGUCGCGCAACAAAACAAAAUCCGACGAGCGAUAAGAACGCGAGAGGAGCGAGCUGCGAAACGAGAUCCAAAGUCUGCGCUGACACCUCAAGUUUCUUUCCUCGGACUGUUCGACGGAAAGUUUGGUUGUCCGCUCCGGCAUCGCCUGCUGUAGUCGUCGUCUUUGGUUUUCGUAGGUUGUUGUUGGUGCGGAAUUGGAGGGAAGAGCGCGGAGAUUCUUUUUGUGUUUAUCUUCGUCCCCCCCGAGUAUCCAAAGAGGGAGCGAGCGGCAAGUCAGGAGGACCGACGACGAAAAACAAAGAAUCUUCCCCACGUCUCGAAAAACGACCUGAGAGCGUCCCUUCAACCGCUACCGAAGAAAGACCUGCCAAAGUAACCAUGCACCGAGCUCGUUCUAUGCCGGUCCCAUCCACGCUGAGGUCCCCUUGGCUCCUGCUCCUGGUCCUGCUCGGAGCUCGCGGCAGCGAGGCCUACUUCACCAAGGACAGCGACGACUACCGGACUGUCGCCGCCGCUGCAGGCGCCGGCGGAGCGCUCCAGGCGGCUCAGACGCCCGCCCAGCGGAGCCAGCUGCCCCCGGACCUGGAGGAGUACGCCAACCUGAUGCUCCUGCUCAGGGAGUACCUGAUAAAGGAGGCGGCGAGGUACCAGGACCAGGCGGCCGGCAAGACGCGCUACGGGGAUCCCGUAGAGGCUCAGAACAUCGUCAGCAAACGAGGAGAUAUCGCCGUUUCGAAGACAAGAUCCGAUCCAUAUCCUGGGAAUCUACGCGACGGUUCGGCGACAUGCUCGCCUCCCCCAAUCGCGCACCGAUAAAACAAUAAUAAUCGAACCCACAAAAAAAAAUUUUUUCCGCUUUUUUUUUAAUGGUGUAGUUGAGACAAUCGCUGCUGGGUAAACGGAGGCGGCGACAAUAAUGCCGUGUGUAUGUGAACAAGGUUUACGUCGCCUAUCUACAGCUGUUCGACGUCCGUGUCCGAAUAAACCAAGAAAGAUGUCCAAAGUGCAAAGACCAUACUCCGUGUUUACACUGACUCUGACCGCAGCCGAAGCUACGAUCAUCGGGAAGCAAUCGAGCAAGGCCAAAUGUGCCGCGUGACGGCGCUCGUAGGCUUUGUGCUUUCAAUGUCACUGACUAAACCCAUAUUGCACGCUCUGUGCGCAGCGAUCCUGGGCUUGUUUCACGCUUGAUCGGUUUAGCCGGCGAUCAAAACGUUACCCUUCGUCAUAAACUACGUGUCCCACCAUUCUACAUAUCUGCUCGCAUUGAUCAUAGCCAUAAGGUUGGUAGUCUAAAUUUUAACACUUCAUUAUUUCAAUGUUCUUUUAUGCCAUGAACCUCUAUAGACUGGAACCACCUUCCCGCCUCGACAGCUAAAAUCACGAAUAUUGUUUUGUUUAAAAAUGCUAUUACUAAUAUGUUCACAUUAUACCACUCUCUCCCCUCUUCAAUGUACUUACCUGGAGAGCAUUUGAAAUAAAUAAAUAGACACACACAGACUACGAGGGCCGUGACGAGGAACUUUUGGCUCUGUUUGAUUGGCUGUGUCCGAUCGUGACGUCGGCGCCGGUCGGACAUUAACUGAAACGGAGAACACUGACGGCGCGUCGCUGAUGUACCGCACUAAAUAAUAAAAAUACAACGUGCCCCGUCUGGAAUCGCGGGCGGUGAUGUAAGCCUCCAUCGUGUAUACCCGUUUGUUUCGUUUUUGUUGUCAUUAAAAGCGUUUGUUGAAGUGGG